GAACGCUCUUUCCUGUAUCUUCUAGGUUCCCGGGUGGAUUCCUCCUAUCUUUUUUUUACACCCCCCCCCCCCAAGAAGUCCAUCUUCUUCGCUAUACACCAAUUAAGAUUUCACUUUCAUUAUAUUACCUAACUAAUAAUGGGAGUUCAUGGGCUUUGGAAGUUACUGGAAUGCUCAGGAAGACCUAUAAACCCAGAAACAUUGGAAGGAAAAAUUCUUGCUGUUGAUAUUAGCAUUUGGUUGAAUCAAGCUAUUAAAGGAGCAAGAGACCGUCAUGGGAACUCCAUCCAUAAUGCUCAUCUCCUCAUAUUGUUUCACCGACUUUGCAAACUGCUCUUCUUUCGGAUCCGCCCCAUUUUUGUUUUUGAUGGAGAAGCUCCUCUACUGAAGAGGCAAACUUUGGCUAAACGAAAGCAGCAAAAAGAAGCUGCAGUCACAGAUUCGAAGAAAACUAAGGAGAAGCUUUUGAAAACCUUCCUGAAACGACAAGCGAUCAAGGCUGCUUUAGCAGGCAAGAGCAAUGCUGAAUUUCCUAGUCUUGCAGAAGUGAGAAGAGAAGAGGUGGAUGACAUUUAUGUGCUCCCUGCCUUACAAGAUGAUAAAAAAAAUAGCUCGGAAGAGGAAGACGAAAAAGAGUGGGAAGAAAGGAUGACUCAGAAGAAAAUAUUGCAAGAAGAAUUGCUUGAAAACCCUCGUUCUGUUGAUGUUGAAUCAGACGAUUUCUUGAGCUUGCCUCCUGAAAUUAAACACGAGAUCCUGACUGACAUGAAGGAAUUCACUAAACGAAGAAGAACAUUAUUUGAAGCCAUGCCUGAGGAAUCCAGUGACUUCUCCCAGUAUCAGCUCAAGGGUUUGCUUAAGAAAAGCAGCUUAAAUCGACACAUAGAAAAAGUGCAGAAGGAGAUGAAUGAGCAACAUUCUGGCCAAAUCCAGCACCAGUAUGAAGAAGAUGGGGGUUUCUUGAAAGAAUUGGAAACCAGGAGGGUUGUAUCUGAAGAUAGCUCUCAUUACAUCCUAUUAAAAGGUACCCAGUCCAAAGGAAAUACUUCCAGUUAUGUGACAUCUGCAAUCCGUUCUUCUGCAAUGUCGAAAGAUUUAAAACCUAGCAAAAACAUAAACAACAUGCCAGUGAAGCCAGUCUCAUGUGACCUUUCGAUGGAAACAACCAGUAGCACUUGUGCAACACCCCCUUCUCCCAGAACGAUGCUUGCUAUCCAGGCUGCUAUGUUGGGAAGCGGUUCAGAAGAUGAGUUGGAAGAUGAAAACAAGAACCACCCUAAUUUAGACAAGUGUGAGACCACGCCCAGUGUAGACAGUGGUAACAUGUCUCCACGAACAAUCAAGGCUAUUCAGCAGGCAUUAUGCGAGGAGGAGGAGGAGGAGGAGAUUAUUACAGCACCAUUUAUCAAUAGGACUAAUAUUACUCAAGGGGAAAGAAUGUCCAUAAAGGACCAUCUUGCUAGCAGUUCAGAUGAAGAAGAAGCAGUUCCUGAAGAUCAGAAUGAAAAACAACUUUUACCAGUACAGAAAUUGGAAAGUAGAAAUGUUAAAAAAAGCCCAUGCACUCCUGUUGUUCAAAAAAGACUUUUGUCUGGGGCAGAAAAUGAAGAAAAAAGUGUGGAAACUGGUAUUUCUCAAACAGAUACAAGUCCCGGACAAUGUCAGAGUCCAAACAGCAGCAUAAAGCAGCCAGAAAUGUCUUUGUCUCCAAUUCCAUCAGUUGGCUCAAGCCAUUCAGGUUUUGCAGAGUUAGCCCAAACUGGAAAACUUCCAUGUUUAAAGGAAUCGGUUAGCUAUUCAGAAAAAAGCACAUCCCUUACACAGAAUGAAUCUUCGUUUGCUUUUGAUAUCCCUAAACUUGAAGAGAGUGUGGAACAUCAAUCACGGUCUGAAGAAAGUGAUUCUGAUGGUAGUUUCAUUGAAGUAGAGACUGAACCAAGUGGUGAACAAAAUCUAACAUCUGAGACAUCACUGGCCUCCACUGAAGACGAGGUUGGAGUGGUGUCUGAAGCUUCAUUGGAAAUGAGAGAUGAAAGUGAGGAUGCUACAGAGAAUAAAUCAGAAAAGGGUGAAGAUGCAGAGCUUGCUAUGCAACAAAAUGCUGGAAUGGAAAGCACAGAGAAAGCUGAAAUUAAUGAAUGGCAGAAUAUUAGUAUGAAGGAUUUGGAGGUCUUGGAAACAAACUUGUCUGUGGAACAAACAGCACUUCAAGCUCAGAAACAGCAGCAGGAACGUACAGCUGCCACCGUGACAGGACAGAUGUUUUUGGAGAGUCAGGAACUUCUGCGCCUCUUUGGCAUUCCAUACAUUGAGGCUCCAAUGGAAGCAGAAGCUCAGUGUGCUGUCUUGGAUCUUACUGAUCAAACUUCUGGGACAAUCACAGACGACAGUGAUAUUUGGUUGUUUGGAGGACGUCAUGUGUACAAAAACUUCUUCAAUCAAAGCAAGUACGUCGAAUAUUAUCAGUUUGUGGACUUCCAAAAUCAGCUAGGCUUGGAUCGAAACAAGUUGAUUAAUCUGGCCUAUCUCCUGGGCAGUGACUACACCGAGGGUAUCCCUAAUGUUGGCUAUGUAACUGCGAUGGAGAUUUUGAAUGAAUUCCCUGGACGAGGAUUAGAGCCUCUCUUGAAACUCCUGGAAUGGUGGACUGAGGCUCAAAAGAAUAAGAAAAUACGUCCCAAUCCAUAUGAUACUAAAGUGAAGAAAAAACUGCGACACAUAGAAAUUGAUGCUGGUUUCCCAAAUCUUUCUGUGGCGGAAGCUUAUCUGCACCCUGUGGUGGAUGAGUCAAAGGCAUCCUUUGCUUGGGGAACACCUAAUGUGGAAGAAAUUAGAGAAUUUUGCCAAAGUCAUUUCGGAUGGACUAAGUUAAAAACUGACGAAGUUCUCUUUCCUGUUCUCAAACAACUGAAUAUUCAACAGACUCAGCUGCGUAUUGACUCUUUCUUCAGACUGGCUCAACAUGAAAAACAAGCCAUCAAGAGUCAGAGGCUUCGCCGAGCUGUGACCUGCAUGAGGAGAAAAGAGAAGGAAGAAGAAGACAGUGAAGUCCAGGAGGCAACUGCUGUCCUAGAAAAAGAACUGAAACAGAAGAAAGGGCAGGCAUUCAAUAAAGAAAGGCCUGGAUGCCGGAAACGAGGAAGCAAACGGAAAAAAAUCCCGCCAUCUGAGCAACGGAGCGUUCUAUGUGGUGGCUUCAUAGGAGAGGUUCUCUCGGAGGCAUCCAGUGAGUCUUCAGCUGGUGAUUUGGAGAAUGAAGCUUCCAGAAAGCACAGAAAAGGGGAGAAUGCAAAGACAGUCGAAACGAACAUGGCAAGUCACAAAACUAGCCUAGAAGUUGCAUCUGCACAAAGUGAAGCAAGGAGUAGCAGCUCCAGUGCAGAGGAAGAAAUGCAGAUGGUGACAGCCAGGCCAGUGUUUGAGGGCAAAAAAGCACGAGGCAAGACUUUGAAAAGGUGGAAGAAAUAAUGGUAGCUGGAAACAUAUAUGGGGCUUUAAAAAUUAUCUCAAUCUUAGCAACUUGAAGGUGUAUGAACUUCAAGGUUGACUGGGGAGUUCUGGGACUUGAAGUCUAUCCAUCUUCAAGCUGUUAAGAUUAAGAAACUUCAUUAUUGUACAAAUAUUUGCUUCACUAGAAAGAUAUUACUUUCCACUUCCUUUAUCAAUCUCCAUCUCAUAUUUAAUUUUGAAUACAUUGAGAAUGUUCACAUACUUAAUAACUGCAUGAUGUGAAUUUAAAAAACUUUUGAAAUACAAAACAUCUGGUUUCUCUUCAAAAAAGCUUCUGUUAAAGUUUGUUAGUUUUGAGAAUUAUCUGAAGGUGAUUUGUGACCUGUAUGGUUUUCAGAAUGAAAAUGAAUUCAAUGUAUGCUGUUUCUAAUCUGACAUUAAGCUUCACACUUCACAAAAACAAAAAAACACAAAAGUGGCCUGCAGUUCAGAGCUUUUGUAGUUCAUUAGUAGGAAAUACCAUGUUUUCCCGAAAAUAAGACAUGCCCUGCUAAUAAGCCCAAUCGGGCUUUUCGGAGCAUGCGCCAUAAUAAGCCCUCCCCCGAAAAUAAGAUCAUCCCCAAAUAUUUAAGCGAAUGUGCAACCGGUCGCCGCCAUUACCACUCUACUACCUAUCAGUACAGAUUGGGGGGCAAAAAGAGGGCUCGCUGCAAAAACAGUGGCAGGCGAAGCAAAGUGCUUCCACCCACCUCCCUUCCCUCCCACGCAAAAAAGAGCCUGCCGCAAAAAGAAGCGGCAGGCCAGCAAUGCGAUCACCCCCUCGGCCUGUUCCUUCUCGCGCG